UACAAAAAGCUUGUUCGCUCUUGUUUUGAAUUAAAUUAAUGCGAAAUACCUGAACAAUAAUCAACCGCCGUGUUUCUAAUUAACGUCAAAUAAACUCGCUUUCAGGCCAAAAACCCCAACCGGCCAGUCAGCUUCGUAGUUGUUGUUGUUGCUUUUUGAGUCAUUCCAUUCGCUCGUAUUACAAGUUUAUUAUUUUUUUGCGUACGUUUUGUGACUGAGCCGCGCUCAGUUGAGUUGAAAGCGUUAAACUGGCAGCACGUACAAUGUCCGCGGGUCGCGUCGUCGUCUAUGGAGGCAAGGGAGCAUUGGGCUCUGCUUGCGUUGAUCACUUUAAGUCCAAAAACUUUUGGGUCGGCAGCAUUGACUUGAGUGAAAACGACAAGGCCGAUGUCAGUGUUGUGGUGCCACGCGAUGCCAGUUGGGAGGAGCAGGAGAGCUCAGUGAUUGGCAAAGUGGCCGAAUCUCUGGCCGGCAACAAACUGGACGCUGUCAUCUGUGUGGCCGGCGGUUGGGCAGGUGGCAAUGCCAAGAAAGAUCUCGCCAAGAAUGCUGAUUUGAUGUGGCGCCAGAGCGUCUGGAGCUCGAGCAUUUCCGCUGCCUUGGCUGCACAGCAUCUCAAGGAUGGCGGUCUGUUGGCUUUGACGGGCGCCAAGCCAGCCUUGGAGGGCACACCUGGCAUGAUUGGCUACGGCAUGGCCAAGGCUGCAGUGCAUCAGUUGACACGCUCGCUGGCUGGCAAGGAUUCGGGUUUGCCCAACGAUGCGUUGGUUGUUUCCAUUUUGCCUGUCACACUGGAUACUCCCAUGAACCGCAAAUGGAUGCCCAAAGCGGACUUUGGCAGCUGGACACCGCUCACCGAGGUGGCGCAAUUGUUUAACAAGUGGACACUCAAUGAGGAGCGUCCCAAGUCCGGUGCAUUGCUGCAGUUGAUCACCAAGGAUGGCGUCACAGAGCUGAUAGCAGCCGAAUAGAUGAAACUAUAUACAUAAUGGCAAAUGGAAUACACACAUAUAAUAUACAUAUAUUAAUAAAUCGUUGCUUGCUUUAAUGCUUUA